UGGGAGUGUAAGUUAAGGAGAUGAGAUGGUGUGUGUGUGUUGGGGGUGGGUGCAUUGGUCUGUGUCAGACAGCAAAGAGCAUUUAUCUAGGAAUCCAAGGCAAUGUUACCUCACUAAAACGGAACGAGCAGGACCAAGAACGAGGAGAGAGAUGAUCUGAGAAAAUAUAUAAAGAAGGAAGAAAACUGGAUGGAGAGGUGAACAACACAAACAUCUAAACAAAAGGGACAAACUGGGAAGUAUUUUUUCACCUGAAAGGCAACUUUAAACCUUUUUUUUUCUUUUUCGUUUUUCUUUUUUUUUCAGUGAAUUAUCAUCAAAGCAUUUAGCCUUAAUUAGCCAUUUUUGAAACAUAGCUUUUUUUCCCUAUGAUUCCUCUAAACUUUCUCAGCAUGCUUCCUCUGCUGUCUCUGUAUGUGGGAGCGCUGCUGUCCUCAGAUGCGUCUCCAGUCUGCUUACAUCCACCUUGCAAGGACAGAUUAGUGGCGGCUGCACCCGUCUCACCAGCAACCAGAGCAGCAGCAACUGAAGGUAUCAAAGAACGCUUGAUUCAGCUGCAGCGCUGCAUGCGUUCUCUCCAGGAAUCAGGGGCUGCCAGGAGUCACGAGGGCCAGGAGAGCAACUCUCUUGGGGCCAUCCUGGCAUUAAUGGCAGCUGUGCUGACAGAGUGUGACCUCCACUGUCACAGCCAAACACUUGGAGCGAUGGUCAAGCGACUGGAGAAUGCUGCAGUGGGAAGAGAGGGUGAAAGAGAUCUGCUGCUUUUCCUCAAGAGCAUCACCCAAUAUCCACCCACAGUUACCCCCACCGAGAGAUUACAUCCUCAGGACUGUGCGGAGAUUUACAGGCUUGGGAUCAAAGAGAAUGGGAUCUAUACAAUCCAGCCUGAUCUCCAUGGGCCAGCAUUGGAGGCUAAAUGUGACAUGGAGACAGCAGGUGGCGGCUGGACGGUAAUCCAGAAUCGGCAGGAUGGCUCAGUGGACUUCAACAAGACGUGGCAGGAAUACCGGGAAGGCUUUGGCAACUUGCAGGGAGAGCACUGGUUUGGUAAUGCGGCGCUGCACGCCCUCACCUCCACCAGACAACACCAGCUUCGCAUCGAGCUGGAGGACUGGUACCAACAGAAACGCCAGGCUACCUACAACAACUUCAAAGUGGCCUCAGAGGCACAGAGAUAUCGCCUGACAGCCCGUGAGUACUCCGGUGAUGCCGGCAAUGCUUUGAGUUACAGUAAGCACUACAACCACGAUGGCAGAGCUUUCAGCACUGCAGACAGAGACAAUGACCAGUAUGUCUCUGGAAACUGCGGUCAGUACUACGGUGCCGGCUGGUGGUUUGACGCGUGCCUCGCGUCCAACCUGAAUGGACGAUAUUACCGCGGACGUUACACCGGCGUGACCAACGGGAUCUACUGGGGCACGUGGUACAUCCUGACAGAUGGACGAACUGGAGAGCGCUACUCCUUCAAAAGGGUGGAGAUGAAGAUAAGACCCCAAAGUUUUGUGGGAACAAACUAAGGCUAAGAACAAUUCCCAGUGGGAAACUUACACUCACAUCAGAUGUAUAGAGAUGCUUUUUACUCUAUAGAUGUUUUAGUCUCUGUCUGUUUAACUCUUUGAACAUUUUGUGUUACACAUCAUGGAGGUGGUAGCUAAAUGAUUAAAGUAAAAACAGCAUGA